UUAUAAAUGUAUUGAAAGAAUAUAUUGGUUUAAUGGAUUCUGUUGUCGAAGUUGUUCGAAAAUACCAUAAAAAGAAAAUCUCUGCUGAAAAACAAGCCGAUUUAUAUGCUAAUAAGAUUCGCGAAUUGCAAGAACACGAACUUUCUGAAGACGGAAAUUUCGGCAUUUUGGGAAUAUUUAAAAGGCAAACCCCAGAACAAUAUCGAGCGCAUCUUGACUUGUUACGAGAAUGUUUAGAGGAAGAAAAAAAGAAAACAGUUGAAGCUGAAAAAGAGAUUGAAGAGUACACUCGAACGGCUUUAGAAGAGAUUCGGUUUUUUGAUGAUCUAAAAUUUAAAGAACUUCAUCAAAUUUUUGUAGAUUAUGCAAAAGUUCAAUUGGAUUUUUACAAAAAGGAUCUGGAAAAUUGGAAGAAUUUAGAAGUCGCAAUUAAGGAUUAAAAUAUUAUUA